UCGCGCAUGCGCCGGCCGAGCCCGGCCUCCCUGCGCGGCUCGGUCGGGUUCCGGGGUCCGGUUGCCGCUGUCCCAGCCCCUAUCGCUGCCGCCGCCGCCGCUGGGCGCCCUGGGAUAGCUGAGGGCUCGCCCGAUCUUGGCCCCUUUCCAAGCAUUCCUGAUGCCUCAUUUGCCUCUGGCCUCUUUCCGACAACCACUUUGGGGGCUGAGGUCCUCACGGGGCUUCCCCAGGUCCCAUCCCCUUUCUACACAGUCAGAGUCCCAUGGAUCUAUCUCCCGGAGGAACCGUGAAGCCAAACAGAAGCGCCUGCGAGAGAAGCAGGAGGCCCUGGAGGCUGGAUUAGCCCGGAAGAGCAAGUCACCUGCAGAAUCCAGUAAGGCCUGGGCUCCUAAAGAAAUAGUGUUGUAUGAAAUCCCCACGAAACUUGGUGAAAAGAAAGAUGUCUCCCAGCCACUGCCUCCUGCAUACAGCCCCCAAUAUGUUGAGGCUGCCUGGUACCCUUGGUGGGUACGAGAGGGCUUCUUCAAACCGGAAUAUCAGAUGAGGCUGCCCCAGGCCACAGGGGAGACCUUUUCCAUGUGUAUCCCACCUCCUAACAUCACUGGCUCCCUACAUAUCGGGCAUGCACUGACCGUGGCCAUCCAGGACGCUCUCGUGCGCUGGCACCGGAUGCGUGGAGAUCAGGUGCUGUGGGUCCCGGGCUCAGAUCAUGCAGGAAUUGCUACCCAAGCUGUGGUGGAGAAACAACUGUGGAAGGAACGAAGGGUGAGGAGACGUGACCUGAGCCGGGACGCCUUCCUCAGGGAGGUGUGGAAGUGGAAGGAGGAGAAAGGUGGAGAGAUCUGUGAGCAGCUCCGAGCUCUGGGGGCCUCCCUCGACUGGGACCGAGAGCGUUUCACUAUGGAUGCUGGCUCCUCAGUGGCUGUGACCGAAGCUUUCGUGCGACUUUACAAGGCAGGGUUGUUGUACCGGGGCCGGCAGCUUGUCAACUGGUCGUGUGCUUUAAGAUCUGCCAUCUCGGAUAUUGAGGUGGAGAGCCGGCCCCUGCCUGGCCGCACGGAGCUUCGCCUGCCCGGCUGCCCCAGCCCCGUGUCCUUCGGCCUCCUUGUUUCAGUGGCCUUCCCCGUGGAAGGAGAGCCCGAUGCAGAGGUCGUGGUAGGAACCACGAGGCCAGAAACAUUGCCUGGGGACAUGGCUGUGGCUGUUCAUCCUGAUGACGCCCGAUUCACACAUCUACAUGGGCGACAACUUCGUCACCCCUUGACAGGGCAGCUUCUCCCCCUCAUCACAGACUCUUCUGUCCAGCCACACAUGGGCACAGGGGCAGUGAAAGUGACUCCAGCUCACAGCCCUGCUGACGCUGAGCUGGGGGCCCGACAUGGCUUGAAGCCCCUGAGUGUCAUCGAAGAGGAUGGGACCAUGACCUCCCUCUGUGGGGACUGGCUGCAGGGCCUGCACCGGUUUGUGGCCCGGGAGAAGAUUAUGUCCGCACUGAGCGAGCGGCGUCUGUUCCGGGGCCUCCAGGACCACCCCAUGGUGCUGCCCAUUUGCAGCCGUUCCGGGGACGUGGUAGAAUACCUACUGAAGAGCCAGUGGUUUAUCCGCUGCCGGGAGAUGGGGGACCGAGCUGCCCAGGCUGUGGAGUCAGGGGCCUUGGAGCUCAGCCCAUCUUUCCACCAGAAGAACUGGCAGCACUGGUUUUCCCACAUUGGGUAUUUGGGGGAGNGGCGCUUCUCCCGGGUCCAGGAGGCCGUGCAGGCGCUGAGGGCUCUCCGAGCCAUGUACCAGCUCACCAAGGCCCGGCCCCGAGUGCUGCUGCAGAGCUCAGAGCCUGGAGAGCGGGGCCUCUUUGAGGCCUUCCUGGAGCCUCUGGGCACCCUGGGCCACUGUGGGGCCGUGGGGCUCUUACCCCCAGGUGCAGCGGCUCCCUCUGGCUGGGCCCAGGCCCCACUUGGGGACACCAUUCAGGUCUACAUGGAGCUGCAGGGCCUGGUGGACCCCCAGACCCAUCUACCUCUGCUAGCUGCCCGAAGACACAAGUUGCAGAAGCAGCUUGACAACCUUAUAGCCCGGACCCUGUCAGAGGGAGAGGCAGAGACCCGGAGGCAGCAAAGGGAGUCAGGCUCUAAUUUCAUAUGGUGGUGGUNGACAGAGGCUGAGGCCAGAGAAGUAGCUGCAGAACUGAUGGGGAGACCAGGGGAGGAGCUGACCCUGCAGAGGGACCCUGACGUCCUGGACACAUGGUUCUCUUCAGCGCUUUUCCCCUUCUCUGCCCUGGGAUGGCCCCAAGAGACCCCAGAUUUCACUCGUUUCUACCCCCUGUCACUUUUGGAAACGGGCAGUGACCUCCUGCUGUUCUGGGUGGGCCGCAUGGUCAUGCUGGGGACCCAGCUCACAGGGCAGCUCCCCUUCCACCAGGUGCUUCUCCACUCCAUGGUUCGGGACAAGCAGGGCCGGAAGAUGAGCAAGUCCCUGGGGAACGUGCUGGACCCGCGAGACAUCAUCACUGGGGUGGAGCUGCAGGUGCUGCAGGAAAAGCUGAGGGAUGGGAACUUGGACCCCGAAGAGCUGGCGAUGGCGGCUGCAGCGCAGAGAAAGGAUUUUCCUCACGGGAUCCCCGAAUGUGGGACUGAUGCCCUGAGAUUCACCCUGUGCUCCCACGGGGCCCUGGGGGGUGACUUACACCUGUCUGUCUCUGAGGUCCUGAGCUCCCGGCAUUUCUGCAACAAGAUCUGGAAUGCCCUGCGCUUCAUCCUCGGUGCCCUGGGCGGGGAGUUCGUGCCCAGGCCCUCAGAGGAGCUGUCCCCGUCCUCCCCCAUGGACACCUGGAUCCUGAGCCGCUUGGCCCGCACUGCCCACGAGUGUGAGCGAGGCUUCCUCGCCCGAGAGCUCCCACUCGUCGCCCACGCCCUGCGCCACUUCUGGCUCCACAACCUGUGUGAUGUCUACUUGGAGGCUGUGAAGCCUGUGCUGUCGCUCUCGCCCCGCCCCCCAGGGCCUCCUCAGGUCCUGUUCUCCUGCGCCGAUGUCGGUCUCCGCCUCCUGGCCCCACUGAUGCCCUUUCUGGCUGAAGAGCUCUGGCAGAGGCUGCCCGCCAGGCCCGGCGGCUCCCCUGCCCCCAGCAUCUCUGUUGCCCCCUACCCCAGUGCCCGCAGCCUGGUGAGCCACGUUCCUGGUGUUUGGCGUGGGACUACUGCUAGAGGGUGGGGAGCAGUCUUUUAAAGGGCACUGCUGCCAGGGGGUCAUUUACAGUAGUGGUUUGUACUUUGCUACGGAGUCUCUGGAAGACUGUUUCUGCCGCGCCGUCUUAGGGGCAGUAUUAGCACAGGGGACAAGAGUGGGACUCUGUCGCUAGGCUGAUACUUGCCAGCUGUGUGACCGUGCCUCAGUUUCCCCAUCUUUAAA